UAUGGCUGGGCUCUAAAGAACACACCAUCACACUGCAGCUGUGGCCACACUUUCGGUAUCGCACAUGCCAUGUCGUGUCCGACCGGAGGAUAUCCAUCAAUUAGGCAUAACGAAAUUCGAGAUAUUACUGCCUCCCUGCUGACGGAAGUAUGCCACAGUGUAUUAAUAGAGCCACACCUUCAACCUAUUAGGGGAGAAUCCUUGUCCCACAGAACAGCCAACACAGAAGACCAAUCAAGACUAGACAUCGCAGUAUGCGGCUUCUGGGGAGGCAGAUUCGAAAAGGCAUUCCUUGAUGUAAGGGUAUUUAACCCAAGCGCCCAAUCGAAUCAACAAACCUCUCUAGCAUCUACAUACAGAAGACAUGAGCUGGAAAAGAAACGCCACUAUGAACAGCGUAUUCGGGAAGUGGAACACUCAACUUUCACACCACUAGUCCUCUCAUCUACUGGAGGCAUGGGAAGAGCUGCAACAACUUUCUACAAGAGACUGUCGUCGAUGCUCAGUGAGAAGAGAGAUGUACCCUACAAUACAAUGAUAGGAUGGAUACGAUGCCAGCUGAGUUUCGCUCUACUGAGGGCAUCCAUUAUGGCAAUUAGGGGUGCCAGGUCAUCAAGAAACAGACCAGCUAAGGAUGUACUUCUUGAGCCAAUCGAGGUCCAAGUUGUGGAGGGACACCUAGAACACUAACCUAGAACACUAACUUAUUUUUUUUUUU